AUCGUAAAUACAAGUCUUCCGAGUUUUCAAUUUGAGAAGCCAAGAAAUCCGUCUCCUUCUCCGUUUCCUUCUCUCCCUUUUCUUUCUCUCGCCAUGGCUCUUCCUCACCAUUUCGAUCCUCACCUACAAGACCCCAAGACUUUCAAAGACUUUUGCGGGAUCGACGGCCAGAUUUCAGUUUUAGGGUUCGACAGCUCCGCGAAUCUCCAUGAUCAAUCUCAGCAUCCUCCAUAUAUUCCUCCUUUCCACGUUCCCGGUUUUGCACCUGGACCGGUUAUGCAAACCGAUGAUUCUACUGUUGGUGGUGACUUCGAGUGGAACAGUAGCUAUGGUCGAAAGAGACUAAAGGAAAUGGAUUUCAUGGAAAACAAUUCUCAGAUAUCUUCAACUGAUUUUUGGCAAGGCCGGUCUGUCUCAACCGGUUUGGGUCUCUCCCUUGACAAUGCUAAUGGCUCUGCUUUGUUGUCUCUCGUCGGAGACGAUGUUGAUCGAGAGUUACAGAGGCAGGAUGCAGAAAUUCAUCGCUUUCUUAAGUUUCAGGAAGACCAAUUACGGCAUGCUAUCCUCGAGAAGAUCCAGACGAGUCAGCAUAAAACUGUGUCACUCAUGGAGGAAAGAGUGGUCCAGAAACUCCGUGAGAAAGACAAGGAACUCGAGAUGAUAAACCGAAAGAACAAGGAACUCGAGAUGCGAAUUGAGCAGCUGACACUAGAAGCCGAGGCAUGGCAACAACGUGCGAACUAUAGCGAGAACAUGAUCGCUGCACUCAACUACAAUCUUGAACAAGCUCACGGUCGGCCAAGAGAGAGCAUGGAAGGAUGUGGAGACAGCGAAUUAGAUGACACAGCGUCUUAUUUAAAUGGUAAGGCGACAAUGAUGAUGUGCAGGUUUUGUGGAGGGAGAGAGGUGUGUAUGUUGUUGUUGCCGUGUAAGCAUAUGUGUUUGUGUAAGGAGUGUGAGAGGAAGCUUAGCUCUUGUCCUUUGUGUCAAUCUUCCAAGUUUCUUGGGAUGGAAGUAUACAUGUGAUAUUUGACCCAAACUACAAGCUCUAAUUAGCUAACGAACUCGUUUGUAACUUGUCUUGUUUUAUUUUGUUUGUUAAUAUUAUCUUCUGUUGUGUCUUUUUCUGGAUUGGCAUACUAAGUAAAAAUCCAUACCGG